AUGUAGUUUCAGGAGGACAGCAAUUGGGGCAGGGGUUGUUUCGCGCACUAGCAGAAGGGCUUCGGCUAUUGUUUUGACCGUUUAGAAAAAGUUACCUGGUUUUGGUUUUGGUUUGCUCUUUGAGACAGGUCUCACUCUGUACCUCUAGCUGGCCUGGAGCUCACUGUGUGACUCGGCUGGCUUUAACUCACCUAGAGCCACCUACCUCUGCCUCCCGAGUGCCAUUAAAGGCGUGCGCCACCACACCCGGCUGAAAAUUUUUCUCUCUUUCUCUUGUUUGGGUGUUUCUCCUCAGCUUUGUCUGCACCACGUGUGCGCAGUGCCUAGCGAGGCCGGAGGAGGGCUGGGAAGGCACUGCGCUGGAGUUAGAGCAGCUGGGAGCCACCGCGGGAAGUUAGGCGCGGAACCCCAGCCCUUUCCAAAACCAACACGUGUUCCUAACUGCUGAGCCAUCUCUCCACGCCUGACACGUUCUUUAAAACCAGCCUAGAUUUACUUGAUGGGCAUGGUUAUUUUGCCGGCAUGGUUGUCUGAGGCCAGAAGAGGGCUUUGGAUCCCCUAGAACUGGAGUUACAGGAAUAGUGCAUGUUGGGAGUCAAACUCUGGCCUUUUGGAAGAGCAGUCGGCACUCAACCGUUGAGCUACCUCUACAGCCCCGGACCCCGCGGAAUUUCUUUUUAAACAAGAUCCUUUUUGUUCCUUUUUUGAUCGUUUUGUUCCAAAGGGGCUGUUGAUAGCAUUGUGAUUAAGGGUGUGUGUGUUGGGUGGGAUGAUACUAAAGUUUUCAAAGCGACACGGAACGCCAGCUAUACUUAGGGAAGGGCGGAAAUACUUGUAUUGAUUCAAGGCACUGUCUUACUUCUUGGGCCUCCUCAGCCCUUAUUUCUGAUUGGUUAGUUAAGGGGACGGGUUGAUUGGUCCUUGAGGCCGUCGGAGGUGUGGCUACUUCAGUUCCUUGGUGAUACAGAGGCCGGAAGUGUGGCUUUCAUUCACGUAGCGGCCAAACAGGACCGAUCUAGAGACCCAACAGACUUGAGGACAGAGUCUUCAUCAUAAUGGAACCGUAGACCAUUCCCAGGACAGACUUUAGGAUUCUGGGUAGAGGACUGCGAGUUAAGACUGGCUGGGCUGCGGUGGCACAUGCCUUUAAUCCCAGCACUAGGCAGGCGUAGGCAGGCGGGUAUCUCUGAGUUCGAAGACAGCCUGAUCUAAAACGCGAGUUCCAGCACAGCCUGGGCUACACAGAGAAACCCUCUCUCGAAAAACAAAACAAAAAAGAACCGACUGUGGCCAUGCAGUAGGCUGGCUUCGUUUAAUCGGGAAAAGUUCUCCACGUUUUGGACGCUUAGGACUUUUUCCUAGGGCCAUGGCGGAUUCGAAACUUCUGGCACCAGAGCUAAGCGACACAGAGUCGAUGGGUGACGAGACAGCUCGGUUUCAGGAGCUGCUGCUGCAGGCUUCCAAAGAGCUCCAGCAAGCCCAGACAGCCAGGCCAGAAUCUACACAGAUCCAGCCCCAGCCUGGUUUCUGCAUAAAGACCAACUCGUCGGAAGGGAAGGUCUUCAUCAACAUCUGCCACUCUCCCUCUAUCCCUCCCCCGGUGGACAUGACUGAGGACGAACUGCUUCAGAUGCUGGAGGAGGACCAAGCUGGCUUCCGAAUCCCCAUGAGCCUGGGAGAGCCACAUGCUGAGCUGGAUGCAAAAGGCCAGGGCUGCACCGCCUAUGACGUUGCCGUCAAUAGCAACUUCUACCUGAGAAUGCAGAACAGCGAUUUCUUGCGGGAGCUGGUGGUCACCAUUGCCAGGGAGGGCCUUGAGGACAAGUAUGGCUUACAGCUGAAUCCAGAAUGGCGCAUGUUGAAGUACCGGCCUUUCCUGGGCUCCAUCUCACAGCAGAACAUCCGUUCCCAGCAGCGCCCUCGGAUCCAGGAGCUGGGAACCCUGGAUGCUAAUGACUCAGUGCAAAGCCGGCAUGGCCUAGAACGGCCUCACCUGAACCUUUGGUUGGAAGCCCCUGACCUCCUCUUGGCUGAAAUUGACCUCCCUAAGCUGGAUGGAGCUCAAGGGCUGACACUGGAGAUAGGAGAGAGUCGCCUGCUGAUGGGAGGCCCCCAACAACUGUAUCACCUCGACGCCUCUAUUCCCCUGCGGAUCAACGCUGACGCAAGCAGGGCUGCUUUCCACCGCAGGAGAAAGCAACUGAUGGUGUCUAUGCCCCUCCUGUCAGUGUCUUCUUGACUGGAGUGCUCUAUAGUUCCAGAUGUGGAGAUGUUGGUGUCUUCUCUAAGAGUGAAAUAAAACAGGUCUCCAGUUCUUUCCAUA